GUCCAACCAGCUAGCAUUCGUCAAAUUACCUAUCUAAUUUGUUUUAAGUCAAGUUUAAUAUAUUUGAAUUAACAUGGAUAAGUGGCUUAGUAGUGUAAAAAGACCUUGUGCUCAAAGUAAUGUACCACCAAGUUCAUCUCAAGAAUUAAAUUGUGCAGUGAUUCAAGAUGAUGUUAAAAAUUCUUUACCAUCGAGUUCCACUUCAGAGCCAGAUUGUGCGGAUAAAGAUAGAAGUAACCCCCAACAUGUAGCUCUGAUUGAUUUCCAAGUAACGUGUCUUCAUUCACCAAUAUUAGAUAUCUCAGCCUUUCUUUAUUUAAAUCUAUCAAGUGAAGACUUUCCAAACUUCAAAGAAUUUUUAGAAUUUUAUCACAGCGAACUAUCGUCGGUUUUAACAGAUCUAGGCAGCGACGUAAAUAAAUUGUUUCCAAAGCAUGUUAUGCAAGAACAUUUAAAAAAAUUUCUUCAUUAUGGAUUUUGUUUAACAGUGGCGUUCCUGGAAAUCUUCUACGUUGAUAAUGAAGAUGUGCCCCCUUUGAUUGAUGAGGAGACCAAUGAGAUAAUGGGAGGUCUGAAAGACCUUAAGUUAAAGUCAAGGGAUGAAUACGUGAGACGUCUUGUUUCUAUAGUGGAUAGUUUCUUUAAUAGUGGAUAUGUAUAAUAUGGUAGAUAUGUGCAGGGGCGUGCAGUCCAUGGAAGCAAGGGAAGCAUUGCUUCCCUUGGUUUCCGUAGUAAUGCCGUACCAUCUGAGUAAAUGAGAUAAUUUUAAAAAAAUUGGACAAACACAUAAUAAGCAGGAUUUUAAGUUGCGUACGAGAAUAUUUAAUUAUGUAGUACAAGCAGCAAGUACCUACCUAAUAAGAAAAGACAAACGUAUUUUACUCUAUUUUUGUCAUACAGUAAAUAACUAAGCAAUGAAAUAGGUACCCAUACCAGUGCUGCCGUUCUAGUACAAUUGUACUAUUUCUAGUACAUUUUUAGCGAGUGAGUACGAAAGUACAUUUUGUAAAUUAUCCACCCAUUUCUAGUACAUUUAUUACACAAUCUAUUUUCUUCACUUUAUACAGAUACUAACCAAUAAAGGAGAUGUAUUAUGUAUUUGGUGAUUUUUCUAGUGACUUUUUUGGUUAUUAUGUUGGUUGUGUGAACUGUCUUUUUAGUUAUCUGGCUCUGGCACUAGCAACUCUGUUGGUUUUUAGUUUACACUUUAUUACACCUGCCGUUGUGCCGUUUGCGUCUUGGCUCCUCCAUGUUUAUUGUGGUUUAUGUUUAUAAACAAAAAAUAGUCUAGCCUUGUUAAGUAGUCAAUAUUCUACAAAAAAUAUUUUAAGUAUUUGAUUUAAUACUCGACUGAAGAGUAUUUGUUUCUUAACUUUCAUCUAAAAAUGUAUAUAUUUUUUUAUUAGAACUUACACUUCUUGUUUUCUAUAUUUUUAGAGUGAGAAUAAGUAUUUAAAGUUUCAGUUAUGUUGUUUUAAUGUAAAUAUAAACUACAGUAAAACCUGUGUAAACCGGCCACCUGUACUAAAACGGCCAGUUAAAAAAUUCCACAAACCAAUUAUAUUAUGUAGACUACAAAAACUGGCAAUACCGGCCAACAGUCCUUUCAUUUUUAGUGGCCGUUACUGACAGGUUUUACGUUUUACUGUAUAUUAUAUAAAUAAAAAAUAAAACUAGUUUUUGUUGUUUUCUUUGUCUUUUAUUUUGACAUCUAACAAAAUAACCUGUCAUCUGUCAUUUCUUCUUUUUUGGGUUGUUAUCUGUCAUUACUUUCUUUCCUGGGCUGUCAAGUGUCAUUUUUUCGUUGUUGGUGACAGUGAGUACAAUCUAGUACAUUUUAUGAAGAAUUCUAGUACAUUCCUAAAUUUUUCAGCGGCAGCACUGACCCAUACCAGUAUAAGUAGCGCUGUAUGCUGCAUCCUUCCGUACUCGGACCAUGAUCGUAUUUCUACGGUGGUAUUCGGAGUUAUAUCGGCAUAAUAAUCUGAUUUUUAAGUUGCUUCUCUCCAGCGACUCAAGCCUAUGUAAAAAUCAUCGGGGUUAGAUGGUGAGCGGUGAGUUCAAAUUUGGGGCAUAUCUUUAGCUUAUAAGCAGUUUUGUCAAUUGCAUAGGAAGAUGUUUUUGGUGAAUUUAAAUGGGAUUUACCAGCAUUUGACAAUGACGGGCUUCGUUGACUGAUUUUUUGAAAGUAUGAAGAUGGAUUUUAUUGAAUUAUUUAUAUUAUAAAUACUAAAUAUAAAUAUUAUUUAUAUAAAUAUAUUAUAAAAUAUGUAUUAGUGUUUUGGAAAAUGGUGAAAAUGUGAAAUGUGGGAUACAGAAACCAUAAAUAGCUCGAGAGGAUUUUUGGAUAGUUUAAAAGAUUAUUUGAAUUUUACUUUAUAACUUAGCUUUUUUCAGAAAUAUUUCCAUUCUCAGAUAAUUUAUUUAAUGUAUUGCAAUGCAAGAUAAACGAGAUUGGUUUCUGUGUAAAAAAAUUAGUGUAUUUAAAGAUAUUAUUAACAAAAAGAGAGAGAUGACUUUGAAAAAUGCUCGAAUAAUAUGAUGGCAAGAAGUUAAGUUAAGCCUAAAAGGAAACGAAUAGGUACGCACUGAUAAUGUUGGAGAUGUCGAAUCGUGCUACCGCCAACUAUACAAUUUACCAGAUUUUCGAUCAAAUAUGUCAACGAAUGGAAAAUAGGUUUUAAGAAUUUUGAUGACCUAGACUUUCUUUAGCUGUGCAAUUUUAAUACAUUAAAAAAACACAUUUUCCUGAAAAACAAACAAAAUCUUUGAUGCGUUUUUAUGGACAAUAUUUUGACUUGAUUUAAUUAAGUUCAGAACUAACAGCUUUAUAUGAGACUGAGGAUAUUGAGUAUUGACAGAAAAAAUAUUGCCAGUGAGUUACUAAUAUUUUUUCCACCUACCUCUACCGAAACUAUACAUUUCCUGACCUGAUUGUAGGGAGGAAAGGCGUACCUACUUUUCGUCCCUAGGGAGACAAGGUACUUUUACUCCCUAGGGAGUAUACCUAGUAGUAUGUAUACGUUUUAUAAAGGAUUUUACUUGUUUUCUUUUCCAAUUGAAUAUAAUCUGAUUAAAGAAAUGUCACAAUAUCCACGUUUGUACAAGGAAGUUAUAGACAAGUUUUCGAAAAAUGGUAGAAGAACUGAAUUACAUUAUAAAUAGGUGUUUUUACAAUUUUUUUUAUAAAUUGCUUCCCCUGUUUCAAAUUUCACCGCACGCCCCUGGAUAUGUGUAAAAAAUAUAUUACCUAUAAUAAUGGACUAAAGUGACUUGUCUAAGCUACAAUAAAAUCAAUUGUGAACAAGG